AUGCUGGAACAGGAAGGCUUGUCCGAAAUAGCUCACAGUAAUGCCAGCGAACAGAUUGCUUAUUUACUGGUGGAAAGAACGACGCUGCUGGAGAAACUGGAGAUCACAGAUCAGAAGUUGAAUUCGCGCAGCUACAUCGACAGGCUGUGUGCGCCACAGCUUCAGGAUGAGUUUGAUCACAUUCAUCAGAUCUUAGAAGAUGAACUCCAACAACAUGAAUCCAUGCAGCUUACUGGAGAGACAACGCAUAAGCUUGUGAUUCAGUCCUACAGGGAAGAGCUGGAGAGGGAGCAAGCGUCACGUGCAAGAGUUGAACGAGAUCUGGAUGAGGCCACGCAGAGGCUGAUGAUGGCCCAGGAGGAGAUCCGGAGGUUGACAGACGAGCUGGAUGCACAACGAAAGGAGCAGAGCAAAAUAGGAUCAGCCUCGCGGUCAGCCCUGCAAGCACCCGAGAGCCCGGAGGAAGGAUGGAGAGAGAGUGACAGGACUGAGCUCCAGAAGGCCAUGGAGCACAACAGCAGACUGGACAAGGAAAUUCUGGCGCUGCGAGCACGGGUCCAAACGCUCGACUUGGAAAGAAAAGCGUUCCUCGAUCUGGUUGAACAGCUCAAAGAGGAGAUCUGUGAGUAUCAGAAGAGCGAGAAGCAAGUACUUCCAUUGCCUGCGCCAACCGAGGCUGACGAAGUUGCAGCGUCCUCGCUGCAGGCCACAGAGGACGAAGGGAGGGCUGAAGGAGACCACAUUUCAGGCAAAGCUGGCUCAGAUCAAGACGACAGAUAUCAGAGUAGUGAAACACUUCAUAAAAGGUGCCGAGAGGUGAUUGAAAACAUCGAGGGCAGGAAUUCACAGCUCCUUCACAAGCUGCAAAAACUGGAGCAGGAGCACGAGGGUUUGGUUGAGCGCAAUGAAGAGCUGGAAUCAAUUCUGGGAGAGACGCAGAUCCAAACCAAGCAGGAGAAGGAACAGUUUGAGAGUGAGGUGGAGGGACUUCACCGGAAAAUCACAAGUUUAGAAACAGAGUUACUCGAAGUGCAGAAGAACAAAACUGAGAUGAGUGGGGAAGAGCAGGCAUCGUCUGGAGCACAAGAGAUGCAAGAGAUGCUGGAAAGCUGUCAGGAAACGAUAGAAAAGUUGGGAAGUCAGCUGGGAGAGCGGAGAGAACGGAGAAAGCAACUUGCAUCUGAGCUUGAACUGUUACGAGAAGAUCUGAAGGCUGAGAAGCAGGUAUUGGGCAGCCCCAAUGAAAGUCCCGAACUGUUGACGCAACGGUCUCCAAAGACAUCAGCAAGCAGGGAUCUCAUUAAUGUAUCCCAUGAGAAGCUACAAAAAGAUGAUGCUUUGUUAGAUACGGAGGUCUCUGAAAUCCUACAGGAAAGCGAACAGAUUAACAAACUCGAGCAGAAAGAUGAAGAUCUAUGUACAGACGAAAGGAUGUAUGAAGAACAGAUGGCUAAAGUAGUAUUUUUGGAAGAACAGAUCAAAAACUUGAGGGAUGAACAAGAACUGCUCUGUUCUGAAUUGCUAGAAAGCAACAAGAAGAGGGAGGAGCUAGAAAAGCAGCUAAAAGAGAGCAAUGAAGAAAAACGGUUGUUACUGGAAGAAGUUGCCCAGCUGAAACAAGAUAUCCUGACUACGCGGGAGCAGGGCGACAGCACGCUUGAAGAGGCUUGGAGGAUGAAUCGAGGCAUGGCGCAUAGAGAGAACAGGUUUCUCGUGUCGCAGAGCUCUGCAGGCGGUUUAGAUGGGAGCUUUAAACAGAGUCUGUCUGACGAGAGAUUCCAGCAGCAGGAGGAAAAAAUGCGGCAAUUGCGGCAGGACCUGCGUCGCGUUCAGAACUUGUGCAGCUCGGCCGAGAGGGAGCUGAGAUACGAAAGGGAGAAGAACGUCGACUUACAAAAGCAAAACCUCUUGCUCCAACAGGAAUGCACCAAGGUCAAAGCUGAGCUGAAGCAAGCCCGGGCAAAACUCUCGGACACAACUGAAACAUGCUCCUCUCUCUCAGCACAGUGGGAAAAAAGCCAGCAGAAGGUCAAAGAACUCGAACAAGAGCUCUUGAAGUGCUCCCAGGCUGAUAAACUGCAGAGCAGUCUGCAAGAGAAACUUGCACAGGAGAAAUCCAAAGUAUGCGAAGCACAAAAAAAGAUGUCAAAACUCCAGCAAAAGCUAAAAGAUUCCCAACACCAGCUCCUGCUGGCAGAGGCCCGUGUUUCAGACAAGAAACUCCUGGAGGAGGAACUGAAGGAGGCCCGAGAAAAUGAAGCUCGUGUGCAGCAAGAACUUCACGAGGAGCAGCUGAAAAGGAAGCUCCUGGAGCAGCAGGUGGAGGAGCUGCGGCUGCAGUCGCGGGAGACGGAGGCGUCGCUGGCCAAGAUGCACGUGGAGCUGCAGGCCAAGGCUCUGCACGUCCUAGAAGAUGAGAGGAAAACUGACUCCCGUGAGCACCUCCAGUGUCAGAAGGAGAACCAGAAGCUUGCAGAGCAACUUUCACUGCUGAAGGAGGAAAACAAAGCCCUUUACGAGGAAGGAGUCCGUCUCCUGAACCAGAAGGACCUGUAUGUCAGGAAAUAUAAUGAAAUGCAGCUCCGCCACAAAGACAAGAUCCGCAGAGCCAAAGAGACCUUUAUCCACGAGGUGAAACAAAGGGACAGCAGAAUUAAGCAGCUUGAAAACGAGCUCAGCGAGUCAAAGCUCCAAGUGGAAAAGGGGAAGGUGCUGAUUGCACAGAUCGCUGCCGAGAAUGAGAAAUUACUCCAGGAAAGAAGACGGCUCCUCCAGAAGAUAACUGACCAAGAGGAGACCCCUUGGAGCAACCGCUCUACGAUUGCCACCCUGCAGAGCAGAGUGAAGAUCCCGGACGAGGAGAACGUGCGGCUGCACGAGAGCAAACUCCAGCUCUCCGGCCACGUGCCCGCCCCGCAGCGUGCUCCGAGGAGCAUCCACGCUCCCAACACGGAGGACUCGAAGAGCGUUAACUUCUCCGAACGCCAACUACAGAGUAAGGUGUUGCCAUCUCCCCAUGCCAGGUACCGUGGGACCCAGGGCGGCGGGCUUGCUUACAGCCUUCGGGUGCUGUGGAGGGUGACGGACAGUCCGUCGCAAGUCAGAGCAGGUUCUGGCCGGGAGGAGAAGGCGGGGGCAGGCGGUGCCGUAGCGCCGGGGCUGUUUGGUGAGGUGGAGAGGAGUGAAGGAGCUGGGCCAAGAGGAGCUGCGGCCAUGGAGUGGUUCUCCUCUGCCUUCCUCCAUGCGCUGUCUCCACACCUGGCGGAUUUCACAAAGGAGGAGAUUGCAAACAUUUGGGACAGCGUGUCGGAGUGCUGUCGCCAAGAGCUGCUGCUGAACAAGACUGUCAGGCUAAUGGGCAUGGCCACUGUGUACCUCAGGGAAGAGGACUUCCAUAGUAAGAAGAAGGCGAGUUUGAAGGUCCAGAGACCCGUGUUCCACCUGGACAAGCCAGUUCUGGUGUGGAACAAGCUCCGCUAUGAGACCAGACUACAGCCUGAGGAACUGGAAGUUGCAAAGCUGAUCUACGCCGAGGCCGCCUUCCGCCUCCACAUCCCUGAGAAGAAGGUCUGGAAGUGCGUGGAGGCGACCAUGAAAGUCAUUGCGUGGGCCUUGACGGAAGGCAAGGACUUUGACUUUGUCUUCAAGAACUUCGGCAUCCUGGUGUGCCGAGGGAGGAGAGUGGUCAUGAGGUUCUUCGAAGAGCUGCUCCGAGACGUGGAUAAGAGCGGGGUCCUGGCUGAUGCUUUCCUCCAAAAAUCAAGCCUGAGGCCCUUGGUCAUAGCCCACACGGAAACAGCGGUUUUCCAGAUGCCUCCUGGGGGGAUCUUCGUGUUCCCACAGUUUGUCUACAAAAAUAAGGUGUCUGAAAAAGAACUGCCUGAAAAGGCUGCCCGACAAGCGGCUCCUCCUGGCAAGCGCCUGCUCUCCCGAGGGCGCCUUUCUCCCGUCCGGACGAGUGGCCUUGGUCUCACGGGAGAAAAGAGGACAAAAGCGGGGACGGCAGAGGCUACUGUGAGCGUGCUGCCGCCAGUCGAGGGGAGCCGUGCAGAGAAACACCGGGAGGUCCGCCGGGAGGUCCGCCGGGAGGUCGAAGCGACGGACUGUCCUGAAGACAGGCUCCCUGAUCUGGACAGUGAGAUGGGAGCAGCGGUGGCGAGGCGGCAGUCCCAAAUACCCCAAGUGCGUUGGCCUGACUUGUCCCUGCGCUUCCCCUCGCUCAAAAGCACCAGGCAGGAGAGGGCCAAAGCACAGGCAGGACGGGAGGAAGCCAUCUCCUGGGGCAAGAGAGAUGGGGAGGAGAUGUCUCGCUGCCAUCCCUGGGCAGAGAAGGGGAAGACACCGGCCCCUUGGCUGGGGACGCCACAGCCUGACAACGAUGGCGCUUUUGUAGAGUCUGUCUUUGUCAGGGUUCACUUUUUGAAGUUCUUCCGUGUAAAACGGCCCCUCAGUUGCUUCGUGAUCAUUAAGCGGAUGCCGAAGUUCUUGAAGACAAAGUCAAAGUCCUUGCCUUCCGUCAAGGCCCACGCAAUGACUUUCACGGUCGCCUUGAUGCACGUCAAGACCUUCUGCUCAGGUGCCGCUUGCCAGAGCCCAUGCAAAUCUCAACCCGGCCAUUGGAGAUUUCAUAUCUACCCUCUGCACUGCAAUAUGUCUGCUCAAAUCAAGGAGGAGGCAUGCUUGAAAAUCAGGCCCUGA